UUCUGUCGGAUCUCGGACGAGAGCCUGCAAACCCUAGUCCCACUCGCUUCACUCUUCUUCCCCGCGGCAGGCCCCAAAUCCAGUUCCCCUCUCCCAUUCCCACCGCCGGCCGGCCGCCACAUCCGCGCCAAUGGCCACGCCACCCACCGCCGACGAGCCUCCCCCUCCGCCUAAUCCUGACGGAGACGCCCCCUCCCCGCCCACGGACGCCGAAUCCCCCCCGCCGCUCCCGGAGGCCGACGCCCCUGCCGCGCCGCCCCCGGACGCCGACGCCGACGCCCCGCCUCUGCAGCAGCCGCACCUCCCGGACGGCAUCCUGGAGGACAUCUUCCUGCGGCUCACGACGGCGGGGGACGUCGCGCGGGCGUCGGCCGCCUGCGCCUCCUUCCGGGCCAUCACGUCCGCGCUCCCGUUCCGGCGCCGAUUCCGCGCGCUCCACAGGGCCCCGGUCCUCGGCUUCCUCCGGGAGGACUUCUACGCCGCCCGCCCGCCGCACCCCUCCGCCCCGGCCGCGCGCGCCCUCGCGCGGGCCGCCGACUUCACCUUCUCCUUCCUCCCCGACGACGCCGCCUGCUGGAGCCCCCGCGACGCGCGUGACGGCCGCGUGCUCUUCUCCGCGGUCCCCAGCUCCCACGGCCGCGGCAGCUUCGCCGACGCUACCUCCACCACCUUUGUUGACCUCGUCGUCGCCGACCCGCUCUUCCGCCGCUGCGUCCGCGUCCCGCCCGUCCCCGACGACCUGGCGGCCCCCGUCCUGCGGUGGGGCAUGCUCGACUUCGAGCCCUUCCUUGCGCCGGCCAGCGCCGAGGACCUGCGCGACGACGGCGUGCCCUUUAGGGUCAUCGGCAAGGUGCUGUGCGAGGACAGGGUCGCCGUGUUCGUCUUCUCCUCGCAUACCGGCGAGUGGCGCAGCUACGGCUCAAGCGAGUUGUCCAACGACUUCGCGCUGGACGCCUUGUACGAGCGGCGCCACUACGUGCAGGGCUGCUUCUGCUGGCUGUUGGAGUGGAUGGAGAAGCUGCUCAUGCUUGACGCCGGCACGAUGGAGUUCUCCAUUGUCGACCUCCCGCCUGGCAACGACGAGAGGCGGUUCGCCAUUCUGGAGGCAGGGCAGGGCAGGAUUGGGCUGCUCAAUAUUGGUAGAAACACAUUGGACUUGUACUACAAGACCUGGCCAGGCAAACGCAAUGAAGAGUGGCAACACGAAACGAAAGAUCACCCAUUGCCCGACUAUCACUGGCGCAUCAUAGGUUCUGAUGAGGAGUACUUGCUCCUGAGAGGGAUUUCACUUGAUUGGCCCUGGUUCGGGAGCGCUUCAUCAGAGAGUCCGGAUAUUGAGUAUUUUGCACUGGAGCUCAAGGCAUUGCAACUCGAGAGGAUGUAUGUGUCCAAGCACAAAAUGUUGCAUGCUCACCUGUACAGGGGCCACCCGCCGCAGAUCUCGGCACCAACUCUAUGAACUGGUUACAUAUCCUUGGUCCUUGAAUGUGGAGAAGUGGCUACAAAACUGUGAACAGAGCACACUGAAGGACAAAACGUUAGAGCACAUUGAAGGUUACAUAUCCUUCGUCCUGUGUAUUGCCGCUGGAGAAGUGGUGAAUGAGUUGGUAUGGUUCUCUGACGGCAAGAAGCAUGUCAGUGGAGGGCGCAAGUUUGCCGGUAGCGGCAGAUGGUGGAAGGCAGGAUGGCUGCUGCGAAGGGAUGCCCAACCUUAUGUGCCAGUUGGGCGUUAUCGGGUGCCAGCGAUCUUUCUUGAGCUGCGUCUUGACCCACAGUUUGUCUACAUCGACUUACGUUGGCUGUGUUUGCUGGCUUAAGGCCAUUCUAUAUAUUCUUGCACCCCAAAGCAUGUUUUGGAGAGUCCGCUUUGGCGCCGAAGUUUGUUGUAAUUUGCAGGAUACUAGAUCCAACUUGAUAAGUGUGGCAACCCUAGUUUUCCCCCCACUGCUGGCAGCAUGUGAGACCAGCUCAGCUGAUGAGCUAACAUUGAGAGAGUUUAUGGCCAGUUCAGUGGGUGGUGGCUCUGGUUUGCGUGUAUGCAUGUAUUAGAGUAUGUAUUAUGUAUGUAGCCUGGAUGGCCUUGUUGUAUCUUUUUGUUGUUGUUGAGAAACAGCCUUGUUGUAUCUUUUUGUUGUUGUUGU